CCGAACAGCGCAGGGUCUUCAUUUACGAAGUCCGGAGGUGAUACAAAAUGCCAGUUAACCCAUUUCUCCUGUUGAUCAUCAGCACGUUGGUGGUGCUCUAUGGGGUGCAUGGGGAGCGGAGGAACGCCAUAUUGAUUUUGGCUGAUGAUGGAGGCUUUGAGAUGGGCUCCUACAGGAAUAAAAUAUCUCAAACACCGAAUUUGGACGCUCUCGCGAGGGACAGUCUGAUUUUUAAUAAUGCUUAUACUUCUGUGAGCAGCUGUUCUCCCAGUCGUUCGGCAAUUCUAACCGGCCUACCGAGUCACCAGAAUGGCAUGUAUGGACUUCAUCAGGGGGUUCAUCAUUUCCAGUCCUUCGAUGAUGUUCAAAGUCUUCCGAAAGCAUUGAAAGACAAUAAUAUUCGAACAGGAAUAAUCGGUAAGAAGCACGUGGGUCCCAGCGAAGUCUAUCCCUUCGACUUCGCCUACACCGAGGAGAACCACUCGAUCCUGCAGGUGGGUCGCAACAUCACCCACAUCAAGCUCCUGACCCGUGAAUUUCUCUCAAGCUCCCAAGACAAGCCCUUCUUCCUCUACAUAGCCUUCCACGACCCCCACAGGUGUGGCCACACAAAUCCAGAGUACGGUAAUUUCUGCGAGAAAUUCGGGAAUGGAGACACCGGAAUGGGAACAAUUCCAGACUGGACUCCAAUAUACUACCAAUGGGAUGAGGUUCCAGUGCCGUACUUCAUUCAAGACACGGAGCCAGCCCGAAGAGACAUCGCAGCCCAGUACACGACAAUGUCUCGCCUGGACCAAGGGGUUGGCCUGAUCCUCAAGGAACUUGAGAACGCAGGACUGAAGAACAAUACUCUAGUCAUUUACACGUCAGACAAUGGGAUACCCUUUCCCAAUGGUAGAACAAACCUCUACGACCCUGGAAUGGCAGAACCCCUGAUGAUUUCGUCCCCCCUCCACACAAAACGAAAGAACCAGGUGACUUACAGUCUGACUUCCCUCCUGGACAUCGUCCCGACCCUCCUCGACUGGUUCAACGUUAGGGAAUUCUCAGAGUCCAAUGAAAUUCCUCAGUUGCGUCAGAGAAAACUGACGGGAGCCUCUCUGCUGCCUCUUCUUGACGACGAGCCUGUUGACGAUAAAAUCGUCUUCGCGAGUCAGACCCACCACGAGGUGACGAUGUACUACCCGAUGAGGGUAGCUCGAUCGAAAAGAUACAAGUUAAUUCAUAAUUUGAAUUAUGGCAUGCCCUUUCCUAUCGACCAGGACUUUUAUCUCUCACCGACGUUCCAAGACCUUCUGAACAGGAGUCGGUCGAGCACGCCCCUGCGGUGGUACAAAGACCUCGAGGGAUAUUAUCAGAGGCCAGAGUGGGAAUUGUUUGAUCUUAAAAUGGACCCUGAGGAGCUGAACAACAUUGCUUCUAAACCCUCUGCUGAGGGGGUGUUCAGGAAGCUGAGGGAGAAGCUUCUGCAGUGGCAGAGAGACACUGACGAUCCUUGGAUCUGCGCUCCACAUGGGGUUCUUGAACCUUUCGAGGGGGAUAAACGUGAUCUGCGGUGUAUGUCUACAGAGUUUUGAGGAUUUCUGAAGUGGUGAUUGGUAGAUAUAAAAUUAUAUAUUUUUUAUACAGAAUGUUAGUAGUACAAUAGCGUUAGUUGAUGAUUAGAUCGAUUUUUGGUGAGAUUAUUGAGUGGUAAUUAUGUGCAAGAUAAUUGAUGUCUUGUUCGAUUUAGGAGUUUAUCAGCUCCAAAAUCACGAGUUUUCAAUUAAUUAAAAUGUAUUGAAAUGAUUCA